UCCAAAGUCAAUUUAGCUUGAUGUAGUUGGUGGGCGUGUCCAAAAUUUCCACGGAUAAAUCCAGCCUGCUAUUACAAGAAAUAAUGGCGACCGAGUAAGGAAGAAUCCAAAAACAAGUGGAAAACAUGGGACGUUAAGGACACAAAUAACAGUCAUUUGGCCAGAAUAAGAGGAAUUUUCAAAUAUUUUUGCCUAACUGAGCGGCAGCGAGGGUAUCGAAAGCAAUCCAAGUGGGAGUAAAAUUAUCAAAUCAACGCAGAGGCUCAAAAUUACAUUUUUCAUCCUCAUUUUACUUUUGAUACAGUUAAAGCAAUGCUAAAAAGAAGGGUUAGGGUUUGAUGGCAAAAUCCAAAUCCGUAAAGAAAUCAUUAAAAUCAUGCACCAUCAAUCCUGCCAACAAGCUCCUUCAACCUGGAGAUUGCGUGCUGAUGCGUGCUCAGGAUCCGGAGAAGCCUCCAUACGUAGCAAGAAUAGAGAAAAUCGAAGGCGAUAGUGAGAGUAGUAAGAAGAAGAAUGUGAAGGUGCAUAUACGUUGGUAUUAUCGGCCGGAGGAAUCCAUCGGGGGUCGGAGGCAGUUUCACGGUGUUAAGGAGCUUUUCCUGUCCGAUCAUUAUGAUGUGCAAAGCGCAGAUACGAUCGAGGGAAAAUGUACUGUACAUACUUUCAAGAAUUACACGAAGCUGGAAUCUGUAGGCUCCGAGGAUUAUUUCUGUCGCUUUGAGUACAAUGCUUCUACGGGAGGCUUCACCCCUGAUAGGGUUGCUGUGUACUGCAAAUGUGAACUGCCCUACAAUCCGGAUGAUCUGAUGGUACAGUGUGAGUCAUGCAAGGAUUGGUUCCAUCCUGCAUGUAUAAACCUGACCACAAAUCGACUCAAAACAAUUGAACAUUUUACAUGCCCGGAUUGCUUAGAGGAAGCUAAGAAGAAACCACGAAAUGGUACAAGAGAUUUCUCUUCUCUUGAUGCAAAGCAGCCUAGGCCGAAACGAAAGAGGAGGUGACAUUUUAUGGGUCAAUUGCUACUUUCUCAAGGACUUACAGGAUUUAUGGAUUUAAUUAGCUUGGAGUGGGAAGACCCUGUUUAUGAAUUAGCUUGAAGAAGUUUCUCGAAAGGUGUAUAUGUCUAUGUGUGCACUAACUUAGAAGAAAAGUAUUACUAUCUAUUUAUUCUGUGAUAACUUGUUUCUGUAUUUUAGCAAAAGACAUAAGUGGCAAAAAUUUGUUGCAGCAAGUUCAAUUGCCAACGGGAUAUGAAGAUAGCUGGCCUGAUAAUGGAUUAGAAAAUGACGUUCUUGGAGCUUUCACAAUUGUAACAUUUCAAAGUUACUUUUACACAAAAGUGCAGUUCUUGUUGUUA